GGCCCCCUUCUGUAGUAUUUCUAGUAGUAAUAUUUCCCCUGCGCACCGCCCCCUAUAUGGGCUCCGCCUCUUCCCGACCCGCCAAAGCUCCCCAGGACACCAUGAGCAGCAAGCUCCCCGCCUCCCCACAGCAGCCCCCACCGGCCCUCCCCCCAAAACCCGGGGACGGCUCGUCAGAUAUCCUCCAGCUCAGAGCAGCAGCCCUCAGGAGCUCAACCGCGCGCUCGCAAGAUCCCCGCCCGCCAGCCCCCGCAGGCAUUUUCGGCGCCGCUCCUCCCGCAUCGGCCGCCGGCGUAUCCUCGCAGCAAGCACCAGCCCUCCUUGAACGGAUUUCCAAGCCAAAGCCCUCGUUGGCGGACAGGAUCGGCAAACCGAACUUGUCACCAGUCGCUCCUGAUGACAAGGAAGAAGGCGAAAUCAGCGACGACGAAUACGAACCGGCAGGCGGCGAGGGAUCCAUGCUGGCUAGAAGGAUCGGAGGCACUCGGGUCACUCCCGUCCAGGCUGCAUUCAAUGGUAUCCGGAGCAAGGCCAUGCACCACACGGAGAGGUCGCCUGUCAGCGCACCUUCGUCUCGCUCUGGACGACCGACUUCAACGCGGUUCGAGCCUGCCACCGCUUCCCGCGACGAUAUCUUUCCUCGCCAUCGGGUGCCCAGUCUGCCUGUGCCCGAACCGUCUCCUCCGCCCCAGACACCUCCACCACCGACAAACAUUGAGCUGCCCUCGCCGCGCAUACCGACACCGCCUUUGCCCUCGACCUCUGUCCAUCUCGUCCCGUCAACACCACCGAGGUCGCCGUCACUCCCUCCUCAAGAGCAAGUAGUCGGAGCGGCAACACCGCCUUUGCCUUUGCAAAAAGAACAUUAUCAUGAAGCGACGACUCCUCCUUUACCGCCCCAGGAACAGAUUUUCGAGGCCAAAACGCCUCCUCUCGGGCCCAGUUUCGCACCUUCAUCACUACCCAAUUCACCUCCCGGCACACCACCCUUGAGCUCGACAUUUGAGUUUUCCGAUUCCAAGGAAACCUGGACUCGUCCGCCUACCCCCGAAUUUGAAGGUGCUGCUGAAGAAGAGCAGGAAGAUCGGACUUGGGACAAUGAGGAUGCAAUCAUGAACGAGGAAGAUCGUCUAGAAUUAGAGUCGCCUUUGGCUGCUCCAGCAUCAAAUGCUCCAGAAGAAGAGAACAAUGACUACAUGGACAUCAUCCGCAACCUUUUAUACGAGGGUGUGGAUCCUGAAGCUCUUAUCGCACGCGGCGCUCCGCCAGAGCAUGUCAUGGCAGUCUGUCGUGAGAUUGUUCAAGGUACUCGAGAACGUGAUGGUUUUGGUGAACAAGAAACACCCGAUGUUGGCUAUUCACGUGAAGGGUCAAUGGCCUACGCGAUUGAACCAUCCGAGGCUACUGCGCCGAGCUCUGAGAAUAUGGUGGAUGACGAGAUGCUUGCGGAAAGUCCAGGGUCCGAAGCCACAGUGGAGCCUCUUGCCUAUCGAGUGGACCCCGCACAACUUCUCACCUUGGCAAGCGUGGAAUCACCAGAGCCGGAAGCUCCCAGACCUCCAGAGCCUUCGUUUCCGACACCCGUGCUGUCACCUCCAUCUCAUCCUAUCGUCAGCCCAGUUAGUCAAGUUCCUCUUGAGAGCAGACCUUCCCCUCGGCUUGGAAGCCUUCUUGCACCUUCGCUUUCCGUUCCCGAUAUGCCUCCGACUUCUGCAUCUACGUCGUCAGGCGAUCAGCCAGCUCAAUCAACCCUUCACACUGGUUUAGCCUCCCUUCCUCCUCGUCCAACAAGUCUUCUUCCUCCUUCGGGAAGUACACCGCAGCCAUCUGUACCUCCUGUGCAGUUACCAGUGCCAUCUUCCCCAGCGAACAAACAGCCAUCUUCCCCAGCGAACAAACAGCAAUCUUCCAAGAAGAAAAAGAAGAAGAAGAAGGGUAAUCAGGAAGAGGCCAGGGCAAAUGCAGCCGCAAACGCUUCGACGGAAGCAGGCCCCGGUCCAUCAACUAUGGCGAGUCAAGCUAUCAGUCAGGCAAACCAGACAGGGCCUUCACAACCCCCACAACCAUCUCAACCUCAUCCUCAUCCGCCACCUCCGACCAAACCUCUGAAAAUGACAAAGAAGGAGAAAAAGGCGGCUCGUGCUCAGGCUGCUGCAGCUGCCGCCGCCGCUGCUUCAACCUCGGCGUCUGUCUCUGGGCCUACGGGUUUACCUCCACGUCCUGCCGUGUAUCCCGAACCCUACCAUGCGGCGCCUUACAUUCAGGAUCCCUACGCCAUGUAUCCGGUCCAACCCCAGCCGCAAGUGCAAGCUCAUCUCCAACAUCAGUAUCAGCCCCAACAUCAACGUCAGCGUCAACCCGAUCUGCCUCAGGUAUUCCAGCAACCCGCUAUCUUUGAUAUUAAUGUGGAAGUACCCGUUACGCCUCUCGCACAAGAUCAGCCCCCUCCUCCACAAACGGCCGCACCUCCUCUUCCUCCCGGAUCCCCUCCGGCUGAUUUGCAAACCAUGUUAUCAGAGUCCAAGCGGAAAGUGCUGGAAAGCAUGCGACGUCGAAAGGAAGCGAGCGUUCAGCCGUCUGCAUCAGUAACGCCAGCAUUGGAAGCUCCGGCGCUCACGUCGACCCGGGGGUCUACCACUCCUGCCAUACAGAGUGCGGAAGUUCAGAGCACCGGUGUGUCUAUCAGGACUGGUGACCUGGAUAGAUCGGUUCAAGAAGAAGCUGCAGCGCUUGAAAGGGAAUUUCUUGGCAUGCAUAUGACCGCGGCAUCGAUGGCUAGCCAUGUGGAUCCAAAUUCGGUAACACAGUCUAGGUCUAUGAGUAUGGAAAUGGAUGUGGACGUCGAUAUGGAUAUUGACGAGCCAGAGGAAGGUGAGAUUCUCGUUGUGUCACCUCGUGUCUCUGCUCCUGCGCCCAUUCUCACCCCCGCGCCCGCAUCUGCUCUACCAUCUAUACUUUCAACAUCUGCGACAUUACCGGAACGACCUGCGAGUGCUGGGAGCAAUCUGCCAGUUCGUCGAGGUAUCAAACGUGCCCAUGCUGAAGAUCUCAACGAAUCCCGAACCGUCUCUGCACUCGCAGCUCGUCCCCCGCUUGCCGCCAGGCGUUUAUUUUGUGCUCCUUUGCGGCCGCAUCAGCUCAAGAUCAGUUUGGACGAAGAUUCCGAUCCGGAUGAUACUGAUGAUGAGGAUGACGAAGAGAAUCGAAGAAUCGAAGCGGACGAGAAGCAGAGAAAGCUGGAAGAAGAAAUUGCAAGGCUAAAGGCGCAGAUUGCAAUGAAGAAGAGGCGCAAGUUACAGAGUGGGCAAGCGAGUGGAGCUACGACUCCUAUCCCUACGGAUAUGGGCAGUAACGCCGAUACGGAAGUUCAGGAAAUAUCAGUCUCUCAAGAUCAGGGUAACCUCGAUAUCGUCAAGUCUGCUGUGAUACAAAGUAUUGGAAAUCCAAGGGGUGAAGAUGCUUUCAGGUCCUCGACACCGGCCGAUAUCAAGCAGCUAACACAAGAGUUGGCGCAAAAAGAAGCGCAAAAGGAAGCUCACGAUGAGGUAAUGCAAGUUCAUGCUCCAGGCGCCGGUGUUACUGCUUCUCAAGAUUCUGCUAUCGCUGAGAGUGUCAUAGCCGUGCCUGGUGAUGAGAACGAAGACCUGGCUUUAGUAGUUGACGGAUCUAAUGAUCACACGGCCGUCUCAGCCGCUUCCCAAACCAGCCAGCCCUCAACUUUAUCGAGUGAACAACGUACCUCUCAACCACAACAAUUGUCAUUCCACGCAUACAAACCCAUCCUCUCUUAUUAUCCUCAGCUAUCUCGUACCCUCAUUCCGUUAUCCAGCUCUUCUUCAAUGGCCGCGUCUUCGUCUUCUUUGGACCCAUUUUUGAAUAUUGAUCAUGGAUUGCUGGACUCUAUUAUGCUGACUAAUCGCUCGCAGAGAGAUCCAAGUGUGACGUUGUGCUCUGCGGAAGUCGGUGGUGGGAAGUGCGCGGAUAGGAACUGCCUUGCUUUACAUCUCAACAAGACGUUAAUACCAAGUGACGAAGAUCUGGUGGAAUAUGUUUUUGAAUCUAUCACAGCACCUCAAGAACGAAUAGGCAGUGCCGAUAAGGCCAAGGAGAAGAUCAGGAUUGCGGUGAAGUUGGCUAAGAAUUCUUUAGCGGCCGUUUCCGGUGGCGUAGAAAGGCGACAAGAUCAUUCGGCACAGCCUGACAGUAACGAGCAGUACAAGAAGCUCUUGGAAAAGGUCGGUCAGAUCCUUCAGGGCUGAUAAAUCUGCUCCAUUGAGUCCUUGGGAACGCUUGAACUCCCCCCAUUCCACCCGACAUCCUCUUCAGCGUUCGAUCUUGCUUUAUCUAUCUGCACAACAGAUGACUCAAAAAAGUUAUGUUACCAGCAUAUAUCUAGCAUUGGGCAAGUUGUUCUUGGGUUUUAGGUCAGAUUCCUAGCAAUCAUACAUCGGUCUUCAGCACAUUGCAUACUUUACGACAUUUUAUGAAUAAUCAUAUUUUUGCG